AUGGCAGGAAUGUCCAAAGAAUAUGGCUAUGUGGUGCUCACUGGAGCUGCCACCUUCAUCUUGAUGAGUUAUCUGUCUCAUAAUGUGGUCAAGGCUCGCCAGAAGUACAAUGUGCAGUAUCCUAAAAUGUACAGUGAUGAUCCAGAGACGGGCCACAUCUUUAACUGCAUCCAGAGAGCCCACCAGAAUACUAAUGAAGCUCUGGCUCCUUUCCUUUUCUGCUUGUCUGUCGGAGGCCUACAGCAUCCGCGUCUGGCCAGCGCUUUGGGACUGGUAUGGAUUGUAAGCAGAGUGGUGUAUGCACGUGGCUAUUCCACUGGAGACCCUGAUAAACGGAAGCGUGGGGCAUUUGGGGAGGUGGCAUUUGUUGGUUUGUUUCUGACCACGGUUAGCUGUGGCAGGACCAUACUGGGCUGGUCCAGGCCCAGGUGGUCCAGAACAUUCAGAGUGCUCUGA